CAUUUAUCCAAGAGGAAGAGAGAGGCGGAGCUCUGGAGAGUCACUUUAGGAGUUUCCGUCGGUACCCCUCCGUGCGAUAAAGGAAGCGCGCACUUGCGAUUUGUGUAGAAGCGCCUUUGAGAGACGGAAACGUGCAUCUCAGAAGCCAUUAACCUCAACACAGCAGUCAGAGAGCAUCAUGGGAGGAGCAGUGUUGGAUGAUGGUCCUCCUGGUGUGAAGGCACCAGAUGGCGGCUGGGGUUGGGCAGUGUUGACCGGCUGCUUCGUCGUCACUGGCUUCUCCUAUGCUUUUCCCAAGGCUGUCAGUGUCUUCUUCAAAGAACUGAUCCGAGAGUUUGACGUUGGCUACAGCGACACUGCCUGGAUCUCAUCAAUUCUGCUUGCCAUGCUGUAUGGCACAGGCCCUCUGUGCAGUAUAUUGGUGAACAAGUUUGGCUGUCGACCAGUGAUGAUGGUUGGAGGGCUCUUUGCCUCACUGGGAAUGAUUUUGUCCUCCUUUGCUACCAGCAUCAUGUACAUCUACUUCUGCACUGGAGUUAUUACAGGUCUGGGUCUGGCAUUAAACUUCCAGCCAUCUCUGAUAAUGCUGAAUCGCUACUUCAAUGAGAAACGUCCUCUAGCCAAUGGCCUGGCCGCAGCGGGCAGCCCUGUAGCCCUGUGCUGUCUCUCUCCCUUGGGACAGAUUCUCCAGUACCAGUACGGCUGGAGGGGAGCGUUCCUUAUACUGGGAGGAAUGCUGCUGAACUGCUGUGCCUGCGGUGCGCUCAUGAGGCCCUUGUUGCCCCUUAAGAAGCUCCAGGAGCUGGAUGGGAGCACUCCCACAGCUGCAGGGGAGGAGAAGAAGCCCAAGCCAAAGAGGAAACUGUUGGAUUUCAGCGUUUUCAAGGACAGAGGUUUUGUCAUCUAUACCAUUGCAGCAUCUAUAAUGGUGCUGGGCUUGUUUGUUCCCCCUGUGUUUGUGGUCAAUCGUGCUAAAGGCCUAGGCUAUGAGGACACUAAGUCGGCAUUGCUGCUCACCAUCCUGGGAUUUGUUGAUAUGUUUGCUCGACCGGCAUCAGGGCUAAUCGCAGGCAUGAAGGGUGUACGGCCCAGAAGUGUCUACCUGUUCAGCUUUGCUAUAAUCUUCAAUGGGUGCACUGACAUCAUAGGAUCACAGGCGAAUGACUAUACAGGUCUGGUGUUCUUCUGUAUCUUCUUUGGUAUGUCUUAUGGCAUGGUGGGUGCACUACAGUUCGAGGUCCUCAUGGCUAUCGUAGGGACAGAGAAGUUCUCCAGUGCAAUUGGCCUGGUGCUGCUGAUGGAAGCUAUUGCUGUACUAGUGGGGCCUCCUGGAGCAGGUCGCCUUUUGGAUGCCACCCAUCAGUACAUGUACGUCUUCCUGUUGGCGGGCUGCGAGGUCACAUUGUCAGCCUUUGUCAUCUCCCUGGGUAACUUCCUUUGCAUUAGCAAGAAACAGGAAGACUCAGAAGCUAAGAUGGAGAUGGCUGUGGUUGCUUCAGAGAAGGAAAGGCUGAAUUAUGAGGUGGAAGAUGAGGAAGAUGACAAAGGCAAAGAGGAGCCAAAGAAAAAAGAGAAUGGAGGAGCUGGUGCUGUGAAAGCGGGGGACAUGAUGAUGGCAAAGGAGAUGGAGGAGUAGGGUAGAGAGGAAAACACAUUGUUAUGAAGAAUAAGACUACUGAUGAGAAGAGACUUUUUUGCAUGAAGAGGAGAUACACAAGAAGCACUAUGGAUGGAGUGAAAGUGAGAGGUAAAAAAGUAGGUUAUGAAAAGAGUGCUGAUAUAAGAUUUUGCACAUUAGUGUCAUCCUGGAGUUGUCAUGGUCCACUAACUGUUGUUUUUUUUUUUUUUAGAAUUUUCAUCCAAAUCUCACAAUCACCAGAUGGCAUGUGUUCAGUUGGUUAAUUUGGAAUUGGUUAAGUUUUCAUUGUGUUAUCAGCUGUAAAGUGGGUGUUGAGAGUUGGGGCAAUGCUCCAUGCUUAGGACACAUAUUCAGCUACAUAUUUAUUUGUUGCUUUCUUUUGCUCUUGUAUUUAUUGACAUUGUCACAAUGGGACAAUAACUUUCACUCUUGUAUUUAUUGACAUUGUCACAAUGGGACAAUAACUUCACAAAUUUGUUGUAAAAAUAGACCAUUUAAUAUUUGAGGCACAAGCCUUUCUGUUUUGUUACUGCUUCCCGAGACUUCUACCAGUUGCUGUCUGAUCCAUUUUUCUCUAUGACAGUGGAUGAAACUUGUAUUGCUGGUCUCAGGGUAAUGUACUGUCACUGUAUUCUCAGCUAAUGAACUAUCUCCUAUGUUGUUUAUACUAUGUAAAAGUCUGCUUAAUGCUGCAACACUGUGAGCUGCUGUGUUAUGUAAUGGUAUGAUGUCAUCUGUGUGCUUUAUGCCUUCUGUUUAUCUGUUCAAUCAUAAUCAUAAUCAUAUAAUCACAUAAUCAUUACAAUCAUAAUAUACUCAGAAGACAAACACAAGAAUGCAAGCACAGCUUGCUUGGGUGAAGAAAUGUAAUAUACACUCAGCGCAAUUACACGGCUAUUUUUCUGAGUAAUGUCUAAUAAAACAGACAUUUGAUGCCUGUUUUAUAUAUAAUAAUACAAUAAAUAUAUUUUCUGCUGAGAAAAAUAACAAAAUGACAUCUUUGUACCUUUCAGCAACAGGCUUACACUCAUGAAAUGUGGCAGUACCAAACUGUCUGACAUUGACCUUUUUAGAUUGUGAAUUGACAUACUAAAUGUUUACAAGUGCACAAAAAAUGCCAAAAAUGGCGUGUGGCAAAAAAUACUCAGAUUUAUGAAAUUGUGCACACCAACUCAUAGUCCCCCUUGAAAUGUACGGUACAUGUGUGGAUCGGCCUCAUAUCCGGCGCUCUCAUCAUCCACAUUUAACUAUAAAUUUUCAGUGUAUAGAACCUAUCGAUGAGCUUGCUGAUUAUUUAUGGUGAGUCAUGACGACAAUGAAGAUGAAGAAACAGACAGAUGAAGAAACAGAAUUUUUUUUUAACACAGAAAUCAAAGUGCUUGUGGGUGAGCUGCAGGUUAGAAACCACAUUUGGUUAAUUCUUUCUUUCACAUAGUGCCCUACCACCUUGAGGACAGUGAAAAACAGUGGGACAGAAAGUCUGUGCGUUUAUCAUGCACGUGUGUCACCACAGUAUUCAUGUUUAAAAGGUAACACUUUACAAUAAAGGUACAUUAAGUAACAUAAUGGGGUGAUAAGUAUUAAUAUUACUGUUAAUUA